AUGGCUCGCCUCCAAGGCCCCCUUCUUCCAUUCCUCUAUCCUUGUUUGGAAUCUACACUUCUCCGGCUUCACAGACCUCCAAACUUGCUUUUUCUAAGCCAGUAUCCCAGACGGCUUCAGUCUACAGAAUCAGCAUCCCUAGAGCAGCCGCAAACAGACACUCUCUCUCAAUUAUCACACCUCAACCCCUCACCCACAGACUACGGCCGCACAAUAUUCGCUGAUAAGGCUACCGUGACGUUAUCGGCCGGCUCUGGUGGCCACGGCUGUAUAUCAUUCCUCCGGGAAAAGUUCAUUGAUGCUGGGCCUGCCAAUGGCGGCGAUGGUGGUAGUGGAGGCAGCAUUUAUAUCCAAGCGGUACGGGGAGAAACAAGUCUACACAAGCUUGCUCGACGCAGCAUAAUACGAGCAGGACGAGGGAAGAAUGGCCAAGGGAAAAGCAAAGGGGGCACAAGAGGAGAAGAUGUGCUAGUGCAGGUACCUGUGGGGACCUUCGUGAGGGAGGUGAGCAGGCAUGAUCCUAUUGCCGAGGAGGAGGAGAAUAGGAGGCUGGAAGAAGGGAGCGAACUUGUCGAGGAAGAGACAAGGGGAACCUGGAGGAGGGAUAAAUGGGUCCUCUAUCCAGCGUCCACGCCAUCUGAGUACGCGACUGCGGAGUUCCCUCCCCUUCCAAGGCCAAGGAGGUCAAGUUUGAUGAUGGCUCAACCUGAACCGCCUAUAGAGCUGGAUCUAUCUGAGCCAAUGGAGAAACCGAUGCUGCUUGCUGCAGGGGCUAUGGGAGGUCUGGGGAACCCGCACUUUGUUUCGAGUUCAGAUCGACGCCCUAAAUUUGCAACGAGAGGUGAGGAGGGCAUGUCAGUGACGUUAGAGCUGGAGCUCAAGCUCCUCGCUGACGUGGGCUUCGUGGGAAUGCCAAACGCCGGGAAAAGUACUCUGCUUCGAGCUCUCAGCCGAAGCAGGGCGAGGGUUGGAGAUUGGGCUUUCACGACCCUGCAGCCUAACAUUGGAACCAUGGUCCUGGACAAUAGUCGUGGGAGGCCUCAAGUACAAGUCAACAGAGCUAGUGGAGAACCAAGGACUCAGAUAUCUGUCGCCGAUAUCCCGGGACUGAUACCGAAUGCUCACUUGGACAAGGGGCUCGGCCUUGGCUUCCUUCGUCAUAUCGAAAGAGCUCAAGUGCUCGCAUUUGUGGUUGACCUCAGCGCUGGUGAUGUUGUCGAGGCGUUGAAUGAUCUCUGGAAGGAGCUUGGCGAAUUUGAGACACUGAGAGGUAUGGAGACCAACAUGCAAACGGAAUCGCGGGUUGUCGAGUGGAAAGCUUUCAGCAGAUCCACCUCUUCUGCAUCUGCUCAUGAUGGUACAGUAGCAAGGAAUGAUGAAAACAUAAUCAUCGAACCCUCUGGGUCGAAAUCGCUAACAGCUCUGCCAAUGGCACCAAUAUCAUCGAAGCCUUGGUUUGUCGUGGCAACCAAGGCAGAUGUUGAAGGCACUCAAGCAAACUUUGCGAAACUGCAAGCUUACCUCACGGCUCUGGCGAGUGGUACAGUGGACCACCCAAGCAAAAGGAAAAAUGUAUGGAAGGGCAGAUUGGCUGCGAUACCUGUUAGUGCUAUCCGGGGUGAAGGUGUCGACCAAAUACCAGAAUGGACUGUGGGACUUUUGGAUGAUUGA